CUUUGAGGGGGAGCUCCGACUCCGAACAAGCGGCUCGAGUCCCCCGGUGGUGGCCCAAAGGCAGGCCCAUUUUUUUCGGACUUACUUUUCUUUAAUGGGACAUAGUACGCAACAAGGUUACUGCAUGUGAAACGUCGUUUGCAAGGAAAGCGAAGAUUCCGCUCAACCCGCUGGAAUCAAGUGGCUGCGUGUGUUUCCCUUUCGUGUUGUUCGAGUGUGUUAACGUGCGCCUGCUGAACGAGUACUCGAGAAAAUAUGUCUGCGGGAUUCGACCCAAGGGGAUCUCCUGGCGGGCCCUUCGGAACCCCAGUGUCUCCUGGAGGUUUGGCGGACCCCAAUCGCGUUGCCUUCGCAGCUAGCCGGGGAACGCCAACUACCCCCGGCGGAUCGGUUAGCUGGCCGCCAGCACCGAAUUCUUCUCCGGGUGUACAACCCAUGUUCACAGGUGGGUUGUUCCCAAGCCAAGGAGGUGCACGGACGCCAUGCACGCCACCACCCCCUCCUCCACCGUCGACCGCCUACAUGGACAUGCAAUCGCCUGGCAAUCUGAACCGUCAGACGGCACCGUUCCCACCGCCGCCGCCGCCGCUGACGCCGAGUGGUGGCCCUCCAGUGCUACCGCCUCCCGGGUCGCCCUGUGCUCCGCCACCACCGCCGCCACCUGGGUGUCUACCACCGCCACCACCCCCUCCUCCACCACCACCGCCUCCAUCUGGUGGUGCCCCUACCUGGAGGCAGAAACAGCAAGCAGCACAAGGUCCACCAGGAGCCGGAGGCGGAGGGUUCGACCCAUCACAAAUAGCCGCACAGACUCCACAAGACGGUGCCAACCAACCUUUCUGCUAUUUACCUCCUCAGCUUCAUGGAACACUUAGCAAAGACAAGAAGCCUUUCACAUACACACCUGGAGGACUAGACUUGUCAGAAAUCAAAUCUCCUCGCAUUCAACGAAGAAUCAACGCGAGGCAGCAAGCUGUGGCUCAGCAGGGAGAGGCAUGGGAUCCUAGAUAUCAACAACAGCAACAGGGUGCAGCAAAUGAAGGCAACGGGUAUCUCUCGCCUCAAGCACAACUCAACCGACAAAUGGAAGGUAUGCGUCUAGACGGAGCCAAUUCACCCCAGGCAGAGCGCUACGUCGACCCCAACCGGCAGCAGGUCUUACCUCAGCGGAGUCCAGGGGCCCAUACUCCAGAACCCGACCCUAACAGAGACUACAUCCAAUCAAGAUCGUUCCGUGUGCUGCAAAAGCUCACGGACACUGACUCCCCGGGAUACGAACCUCCACCUCCAAAGCCCCGAGAAGAAGAUGAGAUGCGUUUCACGGGUCUUCGCCGAACCGACAUCCCGUCGCGGUCUUUCCAUGCUCUGCAGAGAAUGACUGGCGCAGAUGAAGAACUUCCACAACAGCAGCAGCAGCAGUAUGGCUACGGUCAGCCACAGUAUUACGACCAACAGGAACAGCCAGACAUCCGCGAGUACUGCAACCAUCCCGAAGAACUGGACGACGCUACAGUGAACCCGCGCUACCGAGGAGCAAACAUCCCAUCCCGCUCAUUCAAGGUGCUCCAAAACAUGACCGGCGCUGACAGUGCAGCAAGCGCGCCCUCAGUGUUCGAUCAGAGGCAACAGCAGUCACCAAAGCCCCGCAAGACGACGCAAAUGACGGUCCAAAUGGGGCCUCAGACGGGUUAUGCGGGUCCUCCUGGCCAAGGAGGAGUCGUGUACACUCCCGAGAAGGUGUUCCCACACCCCAGCGUGCCCGCGUCCAUGCAGGAGGCCGAGGCGGAACCGAAGAAAUACAGCGGUGGCAGCAUCCCGUCCAGGUCCUUCAAAAUCCUUCAGGUUAUGACCGGCGAGAACCCGACUUCAGAGCAUGGUACGGACUUUUGAAGAUACCGAGCCUCACACGGAUGAGUGCACCCAGCUACCGGGUCUUGGUGCUUCGAGGAAUGACUGUAGGAAAGCACAUUUCCUCUGUCUCACAGAACUGUUAUUCAGGACAAAUGUUUCUUUUCUUUCUGUGUGUGCGCGCGCCCUCCCUCUGUGGAGCCCUUAGAUGAUGUGAAGAGCAUAGUGCCAACACAGCUUUUCUCCUUUUUCAAGUGUUUCGUGAACCUGCUCAUGUUACACUGACACUCAAUCUUCCGCUGUUUCCUACCUAUGGUAUUUACGAUUGGAAGAGGGAACAUUUAAUACAAAAUAUAUUUCCUCCUCCUUUGACUUGAUGUACCAACUCCCUUAUCUCAGGCAUGUGCUGGGUACGCGUAAAAGAUUUCUUCGUCCGAGAUUUACUGCAGAGUUCAUAUCUUUUUUUUUAGAUUACAGAUACCAAACUGUCUACGUGCACGAUUCUGUAUGAUGUGUGCGUGUAGUAUGUGAUCACAGAGCUUUCAGACAUCUACGUUUUUGUACUUCUAAGAAAUAUGCAGCACGUUCUUGAAAAGACGCUUAUACGCAUGCAUGCUUUACAUGACAAGCUGGUUGUGAUACACACUGUCAGUGCACAAAAUUUGAAACGUGUACCUUAUCGUCUGCUCCUUUGUGCCUCAGAUGCGACGAAGAUAUUUUGGAGUCGGACCUUUCUAGUCAUCUAUAAAAAUCGUUUCUAUAGAAGUCUAAACAAACAACGACUUGUCUUCCCGCAACGCAUUUGUGUAGAUGUUUACGAUUGAAUAAACCAUAGACUUUGA